AUGGAGUUUGAAGACAAAGAGGAGUGUGUUGCUGCUAUACAACAUUGGCAUAUCACCAACAAUCUUGAUUAUUGGGUGUACAAAUCUGAUAAGAACAUAUAUGUGAUCAAAUGCAAGAAUCCAGAUUGCUCAUUCAAAUGUAGAGCUUCAAUUCGCAAGAAGAACUCCAAGUGGACGAUAGGUAAGCUGAGUGGACCACAUGUCUGCACAACCACUUUAAUGUCGCAAGACCAUAAAAUACUUACAUCAGAUAUUGUCUCUCACUGCAUCAGGGAUCUGGUUAACACCGACCCAUUAAUAAAGGUAAAGCUCAUAAUCUCUCAUAUUACAGGAAAGUAUGGAUAUAAUAUAUCGUACAGGAAAGCGUGGAUUGCAAAGGUAAAGGCCAUAAAAUCCCUGUAUGGAAACUGGGAGACAUCUUACAAUGACCUUCCACAAUGGUUAUUGGUAAUGAAAACAUAUCUGCCUGGAAUGAUAAUAGACUUGGAAACGUUACCUGCAUUUUCAAACGAAGGAAGCCAGUUGGGUGAUAAGAUGAUAUUCCAUCGUCUAUUUUGGGCUUUUCAACCAUGCAUCCAUGGUUUUGCAUAUUGCAAGCCAAUUGUUCAAGUCGACGGGACAUGGUUGUAUGGAAGGUACAGAGGGACCUUGUUGAUGGCUGUGGCGCAGGAUGGGAAUGGUAACAUUUUUCCAAUUGCUUUCGCUAUUGUCGAGGGUGAAACCAAGGAUGCUUGGAGUUUUUUCCUUCGCAAUCUAAGAAACCACGUGACACCCCAACCCAAUCAAUGCCUAAUAUCAGACAAACAUCCAUCGAUUAAAAGUGCCUAUGAUGAUCCUGCAAAUGGAUGGCAAAAUCCUCCGUCUUCACAUGUCUACUGCAUUAGGCAUAUCGCGCAAAACUGUAUGCGUGCGAUUAGAGACAAGGAACUAUGUAAAAAACUGGUCAACAUGGGUGAUAGUCUAAUUUUAUUAACAGUACAUUGUCAAUUGAUCUUUGUCGUUUUCUUGACAUAUUUAUUAUUUGUAACAGGAUAUGCAUUGACGGAGUCAACGUACAACUACUAUAGAACCGAAAUUCGUCAGACAAAUAGAGAUUCUUUGGAGUGGAUUGAAAAUAUCCCCAGGGAGAAGUGGGCAAGCGCGUUUGAUAGAGGGCAACGAUGGGGACACAUGACGACUAACCUUGCAGAAACAAUGAACUCUAUGCUAAAGGCAACCAGAAACCUUCCAAUAGCUUCUUUGGUAUCGGCCACAUAUUUUCGGAUGGGAGCAUUAUUUGGUCAAUGUGGACAUGAAUGGACAAAGAGGUUGACAUCAGGCCAAACUUUUACAGACAAGUGUAUCAAGGGGAUAACUGAAGAAGUCAACAAAGCAAGCAGUCAUAAUGUUUAUCAGUUCGACCGGGAGAGAUUCUAUUUUAUGGUGGCCAAAAGAAUAAACUGCAACGAUGGUCGACCAACUGGUACUUACGGUGUUGAUCUACGAAAAAGAACCUGUGAUUGCGGAAAAUUUCAAGCGUUUCAUUUGCCUUGCUCACAUGCUAUUGCAGCAUGUGAAAGUAUACGCCAAGACUACACCAUUCACAUACCCGACGUGUUCAAGAUUUAG